UGUUCCCUUGGUCACUCUCCGCCUUCGACUGCUGCCCCGCCCUCUCCAGGCAAGCAGUCAGGCAGAGCAUACGACAGGCGAGAGUUCCUCUUCAGUCUUGAGCCAUUUACUGUGUUACACUCGUGGUCUGUGCGUCUUCUCUCUCCGUUUUCUGUCACAGGGCAUGAUGAAGACCCUCUGUGGGGAAAACGGCGAGGGAAACGGCGACGUCUUCUUGUGCCCUGAGGAGCUGGAGGAUUUUGGUGUCUCGCUUCCUCCGUCGGGCCUUCUGCAGGAGUUUCUGAUCCCUGGCAGCGACGACAAUAAUAGCAGAAGCAACGAUACUAGCAAUAGUGAUAGAGAUAGUGAGGAGGCGAGUGGCGGAGAUAGUGAAGGUAAUAGUGACAUUGAGAAUAAUAACGAGAGGAAGGAUUGGGGUUGCAAUAGGAAUAAUAAUAAUAAUAAUAAUAGUAAUAAUAACGAUAAUAAGAGUCAUAAUAAUAGCAAGAAAGGUAGUCAUAGCAAUAAAAGCAACAACAGCUGUAGCAUCAACGCCAGCGACGACAGCGAUACCAAUAGCAAUAGCAACAACAACAAUAACAGCAUAAAUAACAACGAGAUCGAAACCCGCUGCAAGAACGGCAACUCUUUCCUCGCGAGCAACUACAACAAGCAAAACGGAGUCGGGGGCAGCGAGCCUUACGCGGCCGCCGGUUGCCCAAGCGCCAUGUGCAAGAGCGACGAGUGUUGCCUUCAGAGCCCCUCUUGCGACAGCGGCGAGGGUGCGAGGCGCGGCCGCGAGUGCACGGAGGGCUGCGUCGGCGCGAAGGGGGCCGGGGGUCUGCGCGCCAGUCAAAACACGAUCAACAACAACAGCGACUGGUCGGGUGCCGUUGCGAAAUGCCCGAAGGCCUUCUCCAGCAACGGCUGCGCGGCCGGCAUUCACGCCGACGCCGGUGACAGCAGUGGCCACGUCCGGCAUCGCGGAGGCACUGCCAAGGUCCUCAACAGCGGCAUGAACCUGUCUCCGCGCAUGAAGGAGCUUCUGCAGGGGCUGAAUGAGCCCGGGGACUCCGGAAACCCCCCGGAGCCACCCGACUGGCUGGACCGACGCCUCUUCAACCGCGGGCGGCAGUUCUACGGCCGCUUCCUCUUCUGCAUCUUCUUCUCGGACCUGCUGGCGUUGCUGAUGAUGUUCACCGUCAGCAGGAUCCUGCGGCCGCUGAUCUACACGGGCCGCUCCGACACGCCCCAACGAGCCCUCCGCCGCUACGUGUCCACCAUCCUGCACGUGGUGACCUGGUAUAGGGGUGACGUGUGGGACCCCCAGGACCCCGCCCACCGCGACAUCCUCUCCGUCCGCGCCAUCCACGACAAGUCGGCUCGCGUCCUCAACUCGUCGACGGACCACGAGAAGGUGUCCACGGUCGACGUGCGGGCCAGAGGGCACGAUGAGCCGCGGUGCCCCUUUCAGCCCCGCCAUAAGGCACGACCUGCGCCACCAGGCCGAGAAGGGCCUCGUCCUGGAGACGCCCGACGACCCACCGCUGUACAUAGCCAGUGGGAUAUGCUGAUCACGCAGUACUCUUUCCUGGGCGUGCUUGUGGCGCACCCGCGAAGUAUGGGCGCCUGGUGGGCGUCGGAGGAAGACCUAGCCGGCCUCAUUCACUUCUGGCGGGGCAUCGGCUGGCUCCUGGGCGUGGAGGACAAGUACAACUUCUGCAACGGCAGUCUCGCCGACACGCGCGUGCUCUGCCUCGAGAUGGAGCGCCACCUGAUCGUGCCGGGCUUCGCGGCGGCCGACUGGAGCCACGAGCACAUGGCCACGUCGCUGGUGACUGGGAUCAACCACAUGGUACCGUGCCUCUCGUACCCGGCUAUGCUCCGCUUCCUGGCGGAUACCCUGGGCGUGCACCUGCCGUCCUUCGUCAGGCAGAUGUCCCUCCGACACACUUUCCAGUACUGGCUCAUGCGCUUCGUCUUCCACGUCCUCUUCCUCAUCCCCGGGGUCCUCUUCCUCUUCAACGAGCUCCUCCUGCUCGCCCUCAGGAUCAUUCAGAAGAAGAACCCGGCGUGGAGACUCAAGUCGGAGAGAUACAACGUCAAGAGCUUCCCUCACGUGUACGCCUGAUCGACACGCCGAGGUAGGGGCCUCGGGAAGGCUUGGUCGUUUGUGUAUGUGCGCUUCGUCGAUGCUUACGUUCGUGUUUAUAUAUAGAAAAUGUGCACGUUCAGGUCCACUCGCAUCGGACGAGGGAGAUGGCCAAGCUAGUAAAAAAAAAAAAAAAGGGAUUAUCAGGGUAUUACGGCCAUUUUAGUCUCACGUGUUGUCUCAAGAGAACAGCCUCUGAUAAAAACGAAGGAACUAGAAAAUGAAAAGCGCCAUUUCAGUAAAUACCGGAACGAACCAUGAAAAAAUGUUUAUGUUGGGUGAUUUAUAUUUUAUUUAGUACUGUCAGCUCUCUCGCUUUUCCAGUUUUCCUUAAAGUUGCACAGUUCCUGCUGCGAGUUAUCUGCAGGAAACAUCACAACGGAAACACGUCUUCCCAUUUUGUAUGCAAUGCACUUUGUGUUGGCAUGCAUUAUAUAUGCAAAAUAUAUAUACCUUUUGUGACGAAAUGUAAGAUGCACUGUUUUAUAAGAGAAACUCCAUUUAGCAGGGAUAUUCAGGGGGAAAGGUGGCCCCAUUGUGACUUAGAAGACUUAGAAUGUUUAGCCUCUUUCAUGUUUUAGUUUUAAAGGAUAAAAUGCGUCUUAUAUACCGUCCAGUAGGGUAUGUAUAUCAUGUUUGUGUCCAAAUUUGUGUAUAUAAAAUGUAUAUAUUAUAGUACUAAGAUGAUAUUCAAUAGCAUAAUUUAUUUUGUAAAGAUUAAUCAGUAAUGUAGCCUGACAACGGUACAAAGUGAAAACCACGCAUUUCAAUAAAGAUACGAAUGAGAAGGAUGGACUUCGCAGAGAUUUAUUUGACGCGUUUCAUCAAAAGAUAAAGUUAAAACGAGUCAAAUACAUCUGCGCUGUGAAGAUAUUCAUUUUCAUUCGCAAUUUUCUUUCUACGCUGGUCGCAAUGAAUACCAUUUAUUGCAUUUCGGUGUUACAUAUCCUAUCACGAAACGCUACAGUAAGUCCUCGGUAACUGUGCUAAGCAAACAGAACGUGUGUCUAUUACUUACACUGUUUCCCUUAUUGUAAUAUUGUAAAGCAGGAAGGUGAACUUGUAUAUCUUUUACUUAAAUACUCUUAAUCGUGGAAGACAAUGAGUGCAUUAAUUAAUGUUGUCGGUGCUUCCACACAAAAAAAAAAUUAUUAAAAAAAAAAAAAAAAAACAUUUUCUCUAAACCGAUUUCUUGAUCGCGCAAAUACAGUGAAAUACUUAUCAAGACAAAUCAAAAUAACUUCAUUCACAGUAUUGAUGAUGUUUGAUCAGUUAUCUAGGUGAGAAUCUUAGAUAUAUCAAACUUGAUAGUUUUAUUAUGGUACUUAUAAUUUCACUUAGGUGACGCAGUUCCUAAGGUAACGUACAAGACAAUAUAUCUGCUUUUUUUCUCUCUCUCUCUUGUGUAUCUCUCUCUCUCUCUCUCUCUCUCUCUCUCUCUCUCUCUCUCUCUCUCUCUCUCUCUCUCUCUCUCUCUCUCUCUCUCUCUCUCUCUCUCACUCUCUCUCUCUCUCUCUCUCUCUCUCUCUCUCUCUCUCUCUCUCUCUCUCUCUCUCUCUCUCUCUCUCUCUCUCUCACUCACUCUCUCUCAUUCUCUCUCUUAAACGGGAAAGGAUGUUUGAAAAAUAAGAGAGAUUCCUCUGUCCAAGAUAAAGAAAGUGCAACUUAAAAAGUUUGUUGAUUUCCACAUUACAUUUUGCAAAGUGGAAUUUGUCAAGGAAAAGCACAAAUAAAAUUUGAUUGAACAAA